AUGGUCUCCCACGAACUAGAGCUAAUGAGGAGUAUAUUGGAAGAGGCGAUUUUGGAAAAGCGCAGCAUGCCUCUCAACAAUCGACCGCGACUUCCCAGCAUACCCCUAAGCAAGCGAAAUCAGGUUGUCGUGAGGGUUCUUAACCUAAUGCUGGUAACCUAUUUGGAAGCCAGCCGGGACCUUUGCGAGACGGACUCAGUUCUUUUUGGCGCCGCAGUAGCAGCUUGCCGUAUUAUUGACGCCAAACUUCCCAUGUCUGGACGCGCUACUAAACAAAGUAGCGCCAUCCCAGCCUGGAGAAAAAGAAUUGAGGACCGUAUCGCGAAGGCAAGGGCCCUUAUCGGCAGACUGAUAAGCUUCAGGUCGGGUAAUAAUAGACCGAGGGUUGUGCGCACCGUUAGAAUGGCGUUUGCUGGGACAAAUAUCGGUUGUCCCAGCCGGAUAUCACGCAGAAACUAA